AUGAUGAGGUUGCCUCCACACAGAGGCAAUCUUCGACUCGAAUCAAACAACGAGUAUCGUUAUCCUUGGAAACCCGAUUCGAGGAUUGCAUCCUGUAUCCUCGAGGCAUCGUUCUUUGCCUCGGUUUUGUUCUUCACGCUCGUUCACGAACGUCGGUCACUCGAGCUCGGUGGUCACAGAGACGACGCAAAUUCCACGGAUUUACCGAGCUCACGUUUCACCGUGUUCGAGGUGCAGAGACAGGGUUUGAACAGGGUGGAGGGUAGUUACAAGCGCGGGAAAACGAUCGGAAAUUGUUAA